CUGUGGGCAAAGCUACUCAAAUUCAUCCGAUUUUAGCAUGUCGACUCUGUCUCUCCUUCAGUUGAAAAAUGCUCGUGCUCCCUCUUCAGGGUGUUAGCAUUUGAAACGAACGGAUUAUAUUGCUCACUGCUUCUUCUUCAAACCGUUUUACCCACAUUAUGGAGAAAUGUUCUUUUUCAUAUGUCAAGUGAUAUCUAGCGAUAACAAGUGAAAGUGAAAAGUAAACAAGUUCUGUUCUGUGCAGUGACUGUGACGGAAUUUUGCAACAGCGGUUUAAUUGCUAUUUUGGAAAAUUUGUUUCAUUAUUUUUGAUUUUUUUGUUUUAUUUUGUUUUAUAUAAAAUGUCUUCGAGCAAUGACAGUAAUAUUUACCGGCGACGAAAGCGCAAUUUGGAGGAAUUGGAGCAGCAAACCGACGCUGAGUGGAGCCAGCUAUCAUUUAAGACCAGACCAGAUGGAUCCAUAGAAAUUCCUUGGCCAAAUAUGUCAAGUGGCAAGUUGUUACAUUAAUGGCUAUAUUUUUAGUUUUAGGUUGUGCUAAAUGCUUUCAAUAUGUUCAAAAAAUGGUCGGUUUGCACUGAGUGAAAAGUUCAGUAACGUUUCUUCUUCAGCUGGCUCCGAUCAAUGAAAAAUAUGUGCGGGAUGCUUUCCCUUCUUCAUACCGGAAAAUAUUUUUCAUUUUUCAUUUCUUUGUACGAAAAUAUGAAUAGACUAAAUCGUUGUUUAGUAAUUGAACAGGCCAAGCCAGACACCACAACAAAAUAUAAGAUAGUGAUAUUGAAAAAUAUUUAAUUUGUACUUCGUUAGUUAGAAUUUAGUGGUUUUUUUUUAGUUGUGUUUAUUAUAUGUAACCUGACAAAAAAAUUUAGGUUGUAAGUUGCUAUAUGUCCGUUGAAUAUAAAUGAAAGUAACACCAAAUUGUCAAUCUUUGGUUUAUGAUUUAACUUUAAUGAAACUAAUUAUUUCUUUCUUCUUCUAAUUUCAGACGAACCCGUAAAUACUAACAAUGGUGAUGGUGAAAGUGCUAACAAUUUUUUGGAAGGUGAUUUUGGUACUAACAUAGACGAUAAUGUAGGUAGUUUGGGUAUGGAUAGUGAUCACCUGGAUGCCGAUCGUGACGGUGAUGAUAAUAUCACAGCAGGUUUGGGGACUGCUUACAGUUUCUUAGAGAAAUUGACAGGGACAGAAGCUCUAAGAUACUGGGCAAUUUUGGGAAACCUGCCGCGAUCGUCACUUAAUAUGCUUCUGGCGAUCUUAAGGCAUCAUUUCAACAUAGAUGUUCCAAAAGAUUCGCGGACAUUCCUCAAAACCCGCACCCGGACCGGUUUGGAAAUUCAAUCGCUCGCGGGUGGACAAUUCUGGUAUCAAGGGAUUGAGACGGUCCUGCAACAACAUUUUCGAAAUGUCAUUCCCGAAGAAGACCUUUUUACGAUUCAAGUGUCUAUCGACGGGCUUCCACUCUUCAGAAGUUCAAAACGGCAACUGUGGCCGAUACUGAUAAGGGUGGAAGAAUUGCGAGAGGCUCCGGUUAUGCUUGUCGGUUUCUAUAGUGGACUGGAAAAACCGGAGCUAGUGGAAGAAUAUUUUCGGCCACUAGUGUUGGAGAUCAAUGAUCUUCAACAAAGAGGCUUGCAGUUCGGCAACAAGGUAGUGCGUUUCGCUUUAAGCAUAUUUGUUGCCGAUUCUCCAGCGCGAGCGUUUGCUAAAGGUAGGACAUAUUUUUAUCAUAUUUGAAGUGUAUAUUAAUGUUGUUUUUUUCCUUUUUCCUUUUUAGCAACUGCAAACUUUAAUGCAAAGCAUGGGUGUUUAAAGUGUUCCAUUGUUGGGGAAUACAUCAAACCGGAACGCAAAGUUAUAUUUGAUUCCGUGAACGCCGAGUUGCGUACGGACGCCGGCUUUAGACAACGAGUGGACAAAGAUCAUCAUAAAGAAUGGCGGACACCAAUCGAAGAUGUGGACAAUUUUGAUAUGAUACGCGGUUUCGUUGUUGCCGACCGCGUUCACCUGAUUGAUUUGGGGUGUACCAGAUUAUUUGUCCAAGGGUUUUUAAAACGAAAAUUUAAAAAGUUUUGUAGAUGGUCACCCCAACAGAAGGAAGCUGUAUCUAAAUUUAUGGUGCAGAUUCGGCUUCCUUCGGAAGUGAACCGUCCUGUACGGUCUUUCCUAUAUGUCCGUUUUUGGAAGGCAACCGAAUACCGGUCCUUCCUUCAUUAUAUUAGUGUUGUGGUCUGGAGGGAUUUUUUUACAAAUCAACAAUACAAUCACUUCUUGUGCUACUACUGCGGUGUGACGAUUUUUUCGUCCUCGGCACACCAGCGAUUAUGGCCUCUUGCUGAAAAGCUCCUUACACAUUUUGUGAAGGAGUUUCGCAAGUAUUACGGUCGAGCCUAUCUAACUAGCAAUGUCCACAAUUUGAUACACGUGGCAGGAAAUGUUGCAAAUUGUGGACCGCUUGAUAAUUUUUCCACAUAUGCGUUUGAAAAUUAUCUUCAGAUAAUCAAACGGUAUGUGAAAUCGGGCACACGAGUAGCAGCACA